AUGACCCAACCUCUUCAACAGAAAGUCUGGCGUCUCGGCGAGAUCGGCGCGGGCUACAAUGCAAUGAAGCAGCACCGCGAGCCUAUCCCAACUCCAGGUCCAGGUCAAUACCUCGUCCGGAUCCACUCCGUCUCUCUGAACUACCGCGACAUCGUUUACGCGAAUGGAACAUACCCUGCUCCUGGAUUGAAAGGCGGUAUCGUACCAGUUUCGGACAUGGCCGGCGAGAUUGUGGCUGUUGGCGAGAACGCGUUGAAGUUUAAGGCUGGUGAUAGAGUCACGUCUAUCCAAGAGCAAGCGAACAUAUACGGCUUAACCGAUGCGUUACACCCACAGAUCCUGGGAGGACCUCUCGACGGAGUCUUGCAAGAAUACCGCGUCUUCGACGAGAUUGCCCUCCUCCGUGCACCAGACUAUCUCACAUACGACGAACUCUCCACCUUCCCCAUCGCAGCCGUAACAGCCUGGAACGCCCUCUACGGUGGCAAAACCAAGCUCAUACCCGGCGAAACCGUCCUCCUCCAAGGCACAGGCGGCGUAUCAAUGUUCGGCCUCCUCAUCGCGCACGCCGCCGGCGCACGUACAAUCAUAACAUCGUCCGAGGACGCCAAGCUCGCGCUCGCAAAAAAGAUGGGCGCGACGCAUACCAUCAACUAUAAACGCACGCCGGAUUGGGAUGUCGAGGUGAAUAGGUUGACGGAUGGAGUCGGCGCGCAUCAUGUCAUCGAUAAUGUUGGGCUCAAUGAGAUUGAGAGGUGUUUUGGGGCGGUGGCUACGGGCGGGAAUGUCAUCAGCGUUGGUGGACUGGGUGGGAAACCGACGGCUGUACCUAACAUCCCUAUGCUUGCGAUACUUAAGCAAGCCAUCCUGCGGGGCGUUAUCGUCGGUUCAAAGCAGCUAUUCGAAGAGCUCCUGCGGUUCGCCGAGGUCAACGAGAUCCAUCCUCAUGUUCAUCGCACCUUCGCGUUUGAUCAGGCCAUUGAGGCGUUCCAGUAUCUGGAGGGAGCGCAACACUUCGGGAAGGUCGUCAUACAUGUAACCUCGCACUGA